AUGUCAGACUCUAAAUUGACAUCAGCACCCAAGGCGACUGAGUCCUUCAUCAUCGUCAAUGGAGCAGACGACAGAGAUGCCGGCAUCUACUCCGACAACUUCUACUCAAGACGAAUGAAUAAACUUCGCAGUAGUAUUCGUCGUCGUAUGCUCCCCUGGGUUCGUAGCGAGACGAAAGGUCUGGCCGAGCUUCAGCAUCGAUGGAGGACACCGUUGCUGGAUAGCUACUUCACUUUGACAGCGUUUGCAGGACAUCCGCUAUUCUUUGUCUGCAUCCUACCCAUCAUGUUCUGGUACGGCCACUCGGUCUUUGCUCGAGGAUUCGUUAAUGUUGCCUGUGUCGGCGUCUUUGUCACUUCUUGGGUCAAGGAUUACCUCUGCCUCCCUCGACCACUUUCUCCGCCCCUUGUUCGUCUUUCCAGGUCCAAGCGAGAAUAUGGUUUUCCAUCGACCCACACAAGCAACGCGACCUCGAUCGCGCUCUACCUUCUUUCGCACUUGCUCAUUUCGGAAUGGUCCGUUCUCGCCAAGGUCGCAUCGAUUGCUGGUCUCUGUGUCUACCUCUUCAGCGUCGUCUUUGGUCGGCUCUAUUGCGGGAUGCACACCAAGACAGACAUCAUUGGAGGCACUGUCAUCGGUAUCCUGGUUUGGGCUGCUCAAUGGUCCUUCCACGAUGCCAUCGACAGCUUGAUGACUAGCCCUAGCUGGACAGUGGUGUCCGCGGUUAUUCUUGGAGGCAUUGUGCUGAUCCAGAGCAUCCCUGACACGAUGGACAGCUGUCCAUGCAUUGAUGACGGUGUUACAACAAUGGCAGUUCUCAUGGGUGUCUUCCCAGCAAGCCAGCAUUUCGCCCUUUCAAAGUACUCGGUCAGUGCUGGAGGACACGAUGGUAUCGUUCACUAUGACGCUGCCAUCGGCUUGCCCAGGUCGAUCCUGCGCUUUGUCUUUGGUCUCGCUGUCGUCUUCACAUGGCGUAUGGCGGCCAAGAAGUUGCUCUACAUCCUGCUCCCUCCCCUCUACAGCUAUUUUAACCUGCCGUCAAGAACCCACUUUGUACCCGCCAAGACGUACGGAAACCUUCGAAGUCAGCCCAUCGGAAGAGUCCCAUCGGUUCUGGAUCUUUCAGCGUUGGCAGACUCUUCUAUUGAAAUUGUGGGAACUCAGUCGACAAUGGAUAUCCACGAACAGUUCUCACAGAGCCGUUCAUCCAAGGUCUCGAGCCGUCAUCAUCAACAGGUCGAAGACAUUGAAAAGAAGGAACACUUUGGGCUCCGACCUGGACACAUCAACAACACCCGUCAGGAGAAACAACAAAAGCAGGACGGCAUCGUCUCUGAAAAAGUACCACCACUGGUACUCGAGACGCUGGAACAUCCUUUGGAUCUGGAGCUAGAUGAGUCUGAGCGUCAGGCGAUGGAGCAAUUUGAAGCCGAGCAUCCAGGAUGGGCACGAUUUGAUGUUGAUAUCGUCAUCAAGACUGUCGUCUAUGCCGGAUGGUUAGCGGUGGACAGCAUUCCAAUCAUGUUUGAAUACAUUGGACUCGGCACAUCGUAUCUUCGAUAUUAA